UCCUGCCUUUUCUGCGUUUCAGGAGGAGAGGAGAGUGGAUAGAGAGAUCAAAGAGAAACAGAAGGGGCAUUCACUGAACAGAUUUAUACCAUCAAUCUAUAGAUAUAUGCCUUCCCACAGAGACCCCAACCCCUGUGUGGGUCUGUGACAAGAAGUAAUGGACCCUGCAUAAAUGAAUUAAAUAAAAAGAAUGGAGUCUUUACAAAGAACUGUAUAGGACAAGCGCAUCUCAUAUUGAAGAAUUUGACCAACUCUGUAAUAAUGAGCACAGAGACCAUGCAAAUGGCUGUAACAAUCUUGAAUGAACCCUUACUGGCUGCCAGCUGAAUGUGCAGGUGUUUUUUUGGUAUUACCAAAUGUUUUUCUACAUUGGCAAUGUCUUCUGGAGCACUUUCAAACCAGCAAUCCUCUCGAGCCGGGAAGACCAAAAGUGGGCGAAAUGUCCAGUUCAGCCAUCAGCAGAACGUGGUGCUAAUAGACAAAAUUUUGGAAGUUUACGACGUGAUCUUCGGCAAGAAAGCCAGGAUUACUCCUCAGAGCAGGAAGAUUAACCUUUGGGAAAGAAUUAGCGAUGAGGUUUCUGCUGUAGGACCCUUUAAGAAAUCUAUCAUCAACUGCAAGAAACGCUAUGGUAGCAUCAAAAAAUGCAUAAAGACUAAACUGAGGAAGGAGAGAAGAAUAUCAAGGAAAAAAGGACGAUUGCCGAGCUACGAGCUUAACCUUCUAGACUAUGAGCAGAAGUUAUUUGAGCUCAUUGGUCAAAAGCUACUUGAUUGCUUGGAGGCGCAACAUCACACUGGUGUGCUGCUGGAUCAAAGUGAACUGGCACAGCAGUUGGCAGCGUCUAGUGGAUUGUCGCCUAUAGAUCAGCAAUCCUCCACAUCUUCAUCGUCCAUCGAGGGCCAGCAUCAUUUCUCUUCUACGGACAGCAAGCCUGAUCCGUGUUCAAGCAGCGGUGCUCAUGCAUCUCAGAUCCGCGAUCACCUUUGUGAUAUAAUCGAUUCUGGGAAAAUGGUACCAAGUGUACAGCCCAUGGAUAAGGACCAUACUGAUUCAGACUCGUCUCCAGUAGAUCUACCUGUUGUGGAGCCUCGGCUAACAGUAAACUUUCGUAAGGCUCCUCCUGUGGCGCCGCCAACCGUUGAACCUCCAGUAAUUAUCUCUGCUCGUUCUGUCAUUUCUCCUGUUUCUACAUCUCUUUCAGCUGCUAUCCAACCUGAAGACAGACUAAUGUCAACUUUCUUUCAAUCUGCCGAGGAGUACAGGGCUGAGCAGCAACAAAUGGGUUAUCAAUUAAAUGAGAAUUUAUGUAGGCUUGUCGCAGUACACGAAGAACAACUUCAAAUUGAAAAACAAACUCUUGAAUUGUUGAGCCAAAAACUAGAGGAGGACUCUCGGAGAAACGACCUUCUCUACGCACUUCUCGAAAAUGUUAUUUCUAUCACCCACAGUGGUAACGGUUCCCCACAUCUGGACUCAACCAAUGAUAGAGGACCAAUGCGAACAAAUUUACCUUAUAAGAAUGAAAUAAAAAAGGAAAGUAAUGGUGUAUGAUUUUUUUUAAUUAUUAUUAUUUUAAAUAUUUAUUUAACUUUAUUAAACUUUUUAACAUUUUUAUUUGUUCUAGGUGUAUUUUGGUUAAAUGUGUAUAUAAGUAAUUUUAAUGAAAAUAGAUUAUAUAUAUAAACCUACUUGGUGUAACAUGCAUCUUUAAUUUAGUUAUAGCUACAAUAAUAAAGAUGUAACAAAAACCUUAACCUAUGUUCAUUCAAAUCAUUACUUCCUUUGCCAAAAUAAAAAACAUAUAACCUCUG